CUCAGAGCCAUAAAACCAAAAACCAAUAAGAAAAAAAAAUGGAUGAAAUCUGCGGAAUCGAAAUGUAUUUUUGUUUUAUUUUGAACAAAUUGUAAUUUUAUUAUUUUAAAUAGACUAAUCAUAAAAUGAUAAAUAGGUUUAAAAGAAACCGAGGUAUUAAACACAAAUGCGAAUUAAAACGUUUGUGAUGUGUGGGAUCCAUAGACUGAGACGAGAAAUUGCUACGAUAUAAAAUCCUCUCGAAGUCUCCACCGAAGAGUGACGAGGGUACCAAGUGAUCAGGGACAAUGAAGUGCUGUGUACCUUUCUGUGCAAAUAGAUCAGACAGUGUGACUUCACAGAAGUCUGGCCAGUGUGAACAGCUUAGUUUUCACCGUUUACCAGAUGAUGUGAAUCUUCGCAAUGCUUGGCUCCGUGUGCUCGGCCCAGAGAUCAAUGCACCAGAAUCAGCCAUGGUGUGCUCGCAGCACUUCCUGAGUGAGGACAUGCAUGUCAACCACAAUGGCUUGUGGGAAGUCAACCUCGGAGCUGUUCCUUCAUCAGUGCAGAUGUGCCUGAUGUGCCUGGACACUGACAGCAAACUGGUUCUGAUGAGUAAACACAAGAUGGAAGAAGCAUUCGAAAAGUUGACUGGGCAUCCGUUGCAGGUGUGUGAGCGAGGAGCCCUGAGACACACACUGUGUGUGCACUGCCGACAGAGGCUGCUCAGCUUCAGCAGGUUCCGAGACUGCAGCCGGAGAGCUCACUCACUGCUGAUGGAGCUGCUUGAAGAGUAUCACGUAGUGACAGCACAACACAUAGAAACAAUAAAACAAACAAACAAACACCUAAAACACAAACUAGUGAAGACUUCCCUGGGACCGAACCAUUGCGACUUACACCUAGUGGACCAGGACAGACACACAGACAAGAACAAAACCGAGCACACAUUUAUUGAAAUAGACAUAGUGAAGAGUGAGAUUGAAGACAUGACAUCAGAGGAUGAGGAUAAAAGCAAUGACGUCACAGAAUGUAAAAACAUCAAGCACAGUGUGACGUUGGAGAUCGAACCUCAAGCAAGUGAAAUUAAUGCUGGAGCCUCGUAUAAAUGUGAACGGAUUGAUGUUGUACGAGACCCGCUGAAGUACGAGGCCUCGUUCAAUUGUACCAUUUGUUCGGAGGAGUUUGUUCAUGAGCAUGCAUACAAUGAGCAUAUGAUCAUGCACCUUCAGAACUGUGAUGGUGGAAGUGACAUUUCCCGUCCACGAGAGCAGCAAACAGAUGUCUGCAGCAAUGCUGUGAAUAAGCGCGCAGCUAUGAAGAUGGAAGACCUGGAAAACCCACAACACACUUUUGCCUCACCGUUCCAAAUGCGGUCGUCAUCUGGCGAAGCCACCUUCGAGAGUGAUCAGGCGGACCCUGAUCACACGUCGCCUGAUCACACGUCACCUGACUUACAUGACGGACUGUACGAAUGCGAGUUCACGCCGAGCAGUAUACUGGACUGCUCUCUGGAAACUGAUGACAUGGACAAACCGUUCUCGUGUCACCUGUGCGAGACUAAAUUCACACUAAACAGCUCCCUCGUGCGACACAUGAAAACUCACACUGGCGAGGAACCGUUUUCGUGUAACUUAUGCGACACGAAGUUCACAAGUGCAAGUGCUCUCGUCAAACACAACGUCCACAUGCACAAAACUGAGAAACUUAUCGGCUGCAACAUAUGCGACGCCAAAUUCACAUCGAACAGCUCGCUCGUCAGACACAUAAGAAGUCACACUGGUGAUAAACCCUUCGCGUGCAACCAGUGUGAUGCGAAGUUCACGCAGAACAGUUCGUUGCUAGCGCAUAAGAAGAACCACGCAGGUGUUAAACCGUACAAAUGCGAUUUGUGCGAGUCGAGGUUUUCCAAAAACAGUUCAUUGAUACGACACAUGAUAACUCAUACUGGUGAAAAACCGUUUUACUGCACGCUGUGUGACAGCAAAUUCACACAGAACAGCGCUUUGAAACGCCACAUGGAUACGCACACCGGUCAGAAAGCCGUCAGUUGUAAUAUAUGCGGCUCGCAAUUCACCCAGAACAGUUCACUCGUCAGACACAUGAGAACGCACACUGGGGAAAAACCGUUCGCUUGCAACAUAUGCGACGCAAAGUUCUCAUUAAACAGUGCACUAAAGAAGCACAUAAAACGACAUGAUAAUGAAAAGGAAUGCUACUGCGAGCUGUGCAAUCAAGUGUUUCCAAACAAAAAGGAGUUGUUGGAUCACAUAAAGACACACACGGGUGAAAAACCUCUAUCGUGUCAUAUGUGUAAUGACAUAUUUGUGAACAACAAAGACCUUCAAGCGCACAUAAAAAUGCACACUGGAGUAAAGAAAUACAACUGCGACGAAUGUACCCACGUUUUUCCGUCUAAAAGAAACUUAACCAUACACAAAAGAAUCCAUUCUGGCGAAAAACCCUUCACUUGUACCAUAUGUGGGACGACUUUCACACAGAAUUGUAAUCUGGUGAGACAUCUCCGUACUCAUUCUGGCGAAAAACCAUAUUCCUGCGUACUGUGUCACCAGAAAUUUGCCAAUAACAGUAAUCUGGUCAGUCACAUGAGAAUCCACACUGAUGAAAAGCCUUCGUCUUGCGAAUACUGUCCGUAUAGAACCAAACACGCCAGCGCGUUGGUGUUGCAUUUGAGGAGGCACACCGGUGAGAAGCCCUACUCCUGCAACCAAUGUGAUUAUAAAAGCACACAAAAAGGCACAAUGCUGGCGCACUUUAAAAAGCACACCGGUGAGAAACCGUACGUUUGCGACUUGUGCGGAUACAAAUGUGCGUACAAAGUGGCACUGGUGAAGCACAAGAGAACCCAUACUGGGGAGAAACCUUUUAAUUGCAAUUCGUGUGAUUUCAAAUGUGCUGUAAGAAGUAACUUGUUGAGGCAUAUGAAAACACAUGAGGGUUGAAUUUUUUUAAAUCCUUUUAUAUUCAGUUUUGUUUAAUUGGGAACCUUCCAUUCCCUUUCUACAAAAGUAGUAAACUACAAUCAGAUCGGAAAUAAGGAAUAAUUAUAUUAGAAAAAAAUACUUUAGUAGAAGUAUUUUUGUGAGUUUGUAGUGGAUAAUCUGAAUCGAUCGAUUUAAUAUAAAAUAUACUUAUUAAAUAAGUAAAUUAAUGUAUUACUUUAGUUGGAUUUUAUUAGUCGGAUGCAAUAUUUAUGACAUUUCGGAACAUCGUGCGCUAAGCUAUGCAAUACAAGAUUUUAGGUAUCAUCGGUUUCGUAAGGGCGGCAGGGCCACAAGUAGUCUCCUCAUGCGAUUUUAGCUAUUAUGUCUGACCGCAUCGGGUGUCAAUGACGUCAUAAUGAGCCUAUACUGCCACCACAUCGUUAGCGCUAAGCUGCGCAUUACACGAUUUUAGGUAUCACCGUUAUAGUAAGGGGGCGGAGGCAAGGCCACCCGUAGUCUCUCGCGAUUUUGGCGUGCUUUAAGGCUGCUGGUGUCAGUGACGUCAUAAUGAGCCGACUGUGGCUUGGCGACUUCGUAACACUUCCCCGCACGCACGAUUUUACACCCGAGCAGUCCUUUCCCCCCGUCGUCCGCUUAUCAUAACUUGCCAGACUAAUACUAUCGCCACGUCUAGUGCCGCCGAGCAGCAUAGAAGUGAAUGUACAGAGAAUUUCCGUCAAAUCUAUUUAUAUUUAAAUGAAAUUGUCUUAAUAUAUUAAUAAAAUUUCAUAAAUACGA